AAAUUAGUCGUCGAACGCUGAGCAACAUAUUCAUAAAAAACGUUGUCUGGCCAACACUCGAACAAAAAAUAGACGCGACUGUGUAAAUUAUGAACUAAUCAUUUAGUGUGUGUGCCAAAAUAAAAUAGCCACGCCAAUUCUUCAGACAUCCCACGACCGAACCACACACUGAUCAGCCAUGGCAACCGAAACAACCAAAAUGAUCCUACGACCACCGACGGACAUCAAAAUGGAAAUUGAAAUUGGUAGCGAACCACCGCCACCUCCAAAGAAGUUGUCCAACUUCAUAGCCAAUCACUGGAAAGGCUUGGUGGUCUUCUUGGUGCCCCUGCUAUGCCUCCCCAUAAUGCUCCUGAACAAUAUACCUGAAUACCGCUGCAUGUACCUGCUUUUGGUUAUGGCCAUCUUUUGGGUGACGGAAGCCUUGCCGCUUUACAUUACAUCCAUGAUCCCAAUUGUGGCUUUUCCAGUAAUGGGAAUAAUGGAUUCUAACAAGACUUGCAGUCUGUACUUCAGAGACACGCUGGUCAUGUUCAUGGGCGGCAUUAUGGUGGCAUUGGCUGUGGAAUACUGUAAUCUCCAUAAGCGUCUCGCUCUGAGGGUAAUCCAGAUCGUGGGCUGCAGUCCCCGCAGAUUACACUUUGGCUUGAUUAUGGUCACCAUGUUCCUGUCCAUGUGGAUCUCGAAUGCCGCCUGCACGGCCAUGAUGUGCCCCAUUAUCCAGGCUGUGUUGGAGGAAUUGCAGGCUCAGGGUGUUUGCAAGAUCAACCACGAACCUCAAUACCAAAUUGUUGGAGGAGCCAAGAAGAACAACGAAGAUGAGCCUCCCUACCCCACCAAGAUCACUCUGUGCUACUAUCUGGGUAUUGCCUACGCUUCUUCUUUGGGCGGAUGUGGUACCAUCAUUGGAACGGCCACUAACUUGACCUUCAAGGGCCUCUAUGAUACCCGUUUCCCCAAUGCGACCGAACAAAUGGACUUCCCCACCUUCAUGUUCUACUCGGUGCCUUCAAUGCUGGUGUACACCGUGCUGACGUUUGUGUUCCUUCAGUGGCACUUCAUGGGUCUGUGGCGUCCCAAGAGCAAGGAGGCCCAAGAGGUCCAGAGGGGCAAUGAGGGUGCCGAUGUGGCCAAGAAGGUUAUCGAUCAGCGCUACAAGGAACUGGGACCCAUGAGCAUUCACGAAAUCCAAGUUAUGAUUCUGUUCAUUAUCAUGGUAAUCAUGUACUUCACCCGCAAACCGGGCAUCUUCAGUGGCUGGGCAGAUCUUCUGUCUGCGAAGGUUGUUGGAAACUCUAUGCCGACCAUUUUCGUUGUCAUCAUGUGCUUCGUCUUGCCCGCCAACUAUGCUUUCCUCCGUUACUGCUGCGGAAAGGGUCCCGUGCCCACCAGCACCACUCCUUCCCUGAUCACCUGGAAGUUCAUCCAGACCAAGGUGCCAUGGGGUCUGGUCUUCCUGCUGGGCGGUGGCUUCGCUCUGGCUGAGGGCAGCAAGGUCAGUGGUAUGGCCAAGCUUAUUGGCAGUGCCUUGAUUGGCCUGAAGGUUCUCCCCAAUGCUGUUCUCUUGCUGGUUGUGAUCCUGGUGGCUGUGUUCCUGACAGCCUUCAGCUCGAACGUGGCCAUUGCCAACAUUAUUGUGCCAGUGCUGGCAGAAAUGGCUCUGGCCAUUGAGAUUCAUCCACUUUACCUGAUCCUGCCCGCCGGUUUGGCCUGCAGCAUGGCCUUCCACCUGCCGGUGAGCACACCGCCAAACGCUCUGGUCGCUGGAUAUGCCAACAUAAGGACGAAGGACAUGGCCAUUGCUGGCAUUGGACCCACCAUCAUUACCAUUGUGAUUCUGUUCAUUUUCUGCCAGACCUGGGGCCUGGUUGUCUACCCCAACCUGAACACGUUCCCCGAUUGGGCCAGGGCCGCCGCCCUCAAUGCCACGCAUUAGUUAGUUAGUCUCUAGUUAACCCCUACUCACGCAGACCCACGGAGCGAUGAAGAUCAUAAAGAGAAUUAGGGAAUUGUACAAGAAAAGUGCCUUUUGCUGACAGAAGAGUGUGACACAAUGUUUAGGGUAAAUGCAUUUCUGAUUUGCAGAAUCUUUUGAUACAAAACAUUAUCUAAUAUUUAGCGAAAAUGUGUAGAAAAAAAAGUAGAAUAGGUGGGGAGGUUCUUCAGCCACAAACUCAGCUAAAUAUCUAAAUACUUGUUAAUGUUACUUAAUCGUUGCAUUUAGCAGAGAAGAUAUCAAAAAUGCAAAGAAAAGCGUUCAUGGCGGCAUAAGCUUGCCUUUAUUUUUCUAAACUAGACUGAGAACGUAUAUAUUCAUACAUGUUUUGCAAUUUAUAAACUAUUUGUAACGAACAACUUACUCAAUACUUGAUUGCAAACGGAAACAGCACACAAAUAGCGUUUAGAUUAAGUUAAAUGAUACUGUGUAAAUUUUCAAAUGAUUUAUGUUUUAUAUAGUUUUUAAUUAAAAAGUAAAAUAAAAGCUCAAAAUUA